AUGGAGCAGAGCAGAGGUCUCGUGCGGGUGAACCGUAACGAACACGGAGAUGACCGCAUCGAAGGUAGACCUGCCCAUCGCAUUAGCGUUUCGAAUCGGAGCAAAUGGAGAUUUGAGGAAGACCAAAAAUUGCUUGCAUACCCAGAUCAAAGGUUUCUUAGGACUUCUCCUGCAUAA